UGCAUUUCAGUUGGGUAUAUAUAGCUGUUAGGAGCUAACGUUUGCAAACGUUAUGUUUAGUUCGCGGCUGAGUGAACACCCGACAUUUGUUGGGUUGAGCGUUAAAAUCAUGGGGAUUUCAACUAAAACUCGGCGUGACUUUUCCUGUGGUUCCCCAGUAUGAGCUAAUAUUUCCACCUUUUGCACAGGCAUCAAAGAAGGGUCUCCCUCCUGCUGUGGUUAAUGGCAAGACAGUGUGGCAUGGUGGUGCUGUCACAACCAGAAGCUUCACUGAGUCUCAGAAAACCCUGCUGGACCAGUGGCUCAGCCCAAGCAGUGAGACGAAGGGAGAAACGAAAGAAAGGAUGAAAGAACCAAGCCCAGAAAAGGAAGACGAAAUUAGGCCUGACAAAAAACAGCUGAUGGCUGUCCUGCAUGAAGAAACAAAGAAUGAGGAUGCUUCAAAAAUGAGUGAGGUGAAAUCUGCACUGAAGGAGAAAGAAGCGGAGACGAGAAAUGAACAGCAACAAGACGAAGUGGAAGCUUCCACGCAAGUGGACAGGGAAAUAUCCAAGAAAGAGGACAAUGAAAUAUCCAAGAAGGAGGGCAGGGAAAUAUCCAAGCAGGAGCACAGAGAAAUAACAAUUCACCAUGAGGUGUUCCAUAUGAAGCAAAACACAGAGGAUGGAAGUAUUUUUCCAACUGAGGACAUUAGCCCCGAGCAAGAUCUUGGGGCACCAUUAGAGUGCCUGCAAGCAGAGGACAGCACUAAAGAAACCACCAGAUCAGUGCAGGAAAAAAUGAAGAUACCAAGCUUGGAAGAGUCCGUAACUCCAGCUGUGCCAAGCAUACAAGAUACUACCCAUCCAGUACAAGAACAAAUACUGAUACACCACCUGGAAGAGUCAAUGGCUCCAGCUGUGCCAAGCAUACAAGAUACUACCCAUCCAGUACAAGAACAAAUACUGAUACACCACCUGGAAGAGUCAAUGGCUCCAGCUAAAACUACAGCUGAAGUAACUGAGUGCUGGGAUGAAUAUCUGGCUCCAACUGCUGAUGGUGGGGAAAGCAGUUCUUUGCUGUUACUUUCCUCCCUUCUCUCUAACACUCAAACCCUUCUACUCAGUGGGCAGCAUGAUACACCAACUAGCUGGCAUUUUCCUGCAGGACCUGGCCUGGCAGAAGAAGUGCAGUGCCCACUGUGGCAGUUUCCUGCCUUGAGCUAUUACCCUCCAAUAGAGCCAAUAGUGCCAUUUGAAGUAAUGUGGAGAGUAUGGGAGGAUGUGGAUGAGAGUGCCACUGCCGCAGAGCCCUUCCCAUUCACGAAGGCCUCGAUGGACUUCACUGUUAUGUCCUACAACAUCCUUGCUGAAGACCUGCUGGAGGCCAACCAGGAGCUGUACACACACUGCCCCCUGGAGGUGCUGGACUGGAGCUACCGCUGCAGCCUACUCCUAGAGGAAAUCAAGAAAUGGGAACCAGAUAUUCUGUGUCUGCAAGAAGUUCAGGAGAACCACUACCAUGAACAACUGUAUCCAGUCCUGUCUCAGAUGGGCUACACCUGUGUGUACAAGCAGCGUACAGGGACCAAGACAGACGGCUGUGCUACGUGCUAUCGUAGCAGUUGCUUCUUUGAGGUGUCGGUCACCUCGCUGGAGUUCUUCAGGCCAGAGACGGAGCUGCUGGACCGGCACAAUGUGGGCAUUGUUUUGUUGCUUCGGCCAGUGGUCAUCCAGGGGUCAGAGGUCAAGGCAAAGGGCCCACCCCUCUGCGUGGCCAACACCCAUCUGCUCUUCAACCCUAGCAGGGGUGAUGUGAAGCUGGCUCAGCUCGCGAUAAUGCUGGCAGAAAUUGACAGCGUGGUCAAGUCCUGUAAGGCCAAAGGCAAACACUGUAACCUUAUAUUAUGUGGGGACUUUAACUCUUUGCCCCACACGCCUCUGUAUCAGCUGAUCACCACCGGCGAGCUCUACUUCCAGGGUCUACCAGCAUGGAUGAUAUCGGGUCAAGAGGAUCAGUCACACAAAGCCUAUUGUCACAGACUGUUUGCCCCCCUGUGGCCCAGCUCUCUGGGAAUCACUGACAGCUGCCAGUACACUACUGUCAAGGAGGCAUUGAAGAGCCAGAAUCAGAAAUCAGGGUUUCCUGUCCACAAGAAUGGGACGGACAGACGGACAACCCGAAAACAUAGUAAAUGCCUGAUGGCAUUUUAUAUCCAAGAGGUCAAAGGGAAAGGUCAGUACAGCCAUGAGUUCAUGCUGCAGAUGCGCUUCUGUCCAGCUGCAUGUGUCCGUCCUCUGGACUUGGAGCAGAUCCCAGGUGUGACGGACAACAUGCCAGAUGCUUCAAGGGGAAGUCAGUCUCAUGAUAACAGGUUCAGACACACAAUCAGUCAUCGGUUAGAGCUGAAGUCGGUCUACAAGCACAUUCUUCCAGGCUUUGGCCAUCCGGAAGUGACAACCCUGCACUCUGAAGCUGGGGCUACUGUCGACUACAUCUUCUACUCCCCUAGACGCGUCUUACAUCGUGAUCUAAAUGCUGGUGACCUUGUGAGUGAGGGUCUGAAGCUGAUUGGUUCUCUCUCACUUCUAUCAGAGGAUGUCUUAUGGUCAAUGAAGGGCCUGCCCAAUCACAUAUUUCCCUCCGACCAUCUCAGUCUUCUGGCCAAAUUCCAGCUGGACCUGAAUUCUGCAUGACUGAAAAAGACUGGGUGAACUAAACGAUGUCAGAGGAUGAGCAUAUUUCAGUUUAAAUGAUUCAGGUCUUGCUCUGUUGUUUGUCUGGCAUCAAAGGAUUAUAGUUUUCUAACUGAAUAGCAGAAGUUAAUAUUUUUUGUUAAAAGAUUCAGGAAAAAUAAUGGAUUUUAACAUCAGUCUUGUUCCACAUGGUUUAUCAGAUAAAUGACGCAGCGCUAUGACUGAGUUAUGACAAAUCUUAUUAAUGAUGCUGUAAUAGUUCGUUUAAAAAAUGCAGGCAGUUAUUGCUUUAUUUUUUAUUGGUGUGAUAAUACACUGACCUGUUCAGCUGCUCGGUCUUGUUUUUAAUUUAUUUUCAAUUUCAUUUUUAAUUAUUUUUCUUUGAUUAUGAGUUAGUUCUAUUUUUUCAGAUGGUAAAAAUGUUGAAUAAAUAUUUACCAUUAA